CGAGCCGCGGGUCGAAGAGCAGCGAGCGGCCAGCGGCGGGGACGGGCGACUCUGGCGGUUUUCCAGCCUGGUGUUCGUGCGAGCAACUUCCACAGACCCGCAGCCUCUCAGGACGAGCCCCAGUUUCCCGCUUCAGGAAAGUCUGAGCUUCUCGUCGCGAACCCGCACCUUUUCAGAAAAGGCCCGAACCUCAGCGCAGGGCGACAGAGCAGGACACCGGCAUGGCUAAAACCACGGCCAUCGGCAUCGACCUGGGCACCACCUACUCGUGCGUGGGGGUGUUCCAGCACGGCAAGGUGGAGAUCAUUGCCAACGACCAGGGCAACCGCACCACCCCCAGCUACGUGGCCUUCACCGACACCGAGCGGCUCAUCGGGGAUGCGGCCAAAAACCAGGUGGCGCUGAACCCACAGAACACCGUGUUCGACGCCAAGCGGCUGAUCGGCCGCAAGUUCGGAGACUCGGUGGUGCAGUCGGACAUGAAGCACUGGCCUUUCCUGGUGAUCAACGACGGGGACAAGCCCAAGGUGCAGGUGAGCUACAAAGGGGAGACCAAGGCGUUCUACCCCGAGGAGAUCUCCUCCAUGGUGCUGACCAAGAUGAAGGAGAUCGCCGAGGCGUACCUGGGCUACGCAGUGACCAACGCGGUGAUCACCGUGCCGGCCUACUUCAACGAUUCGCAGCGCCAGGCCACCAAGGACGCGGGGGUGAUCGCGGGGCUGAACGUGCUGAGGAUCAUCAACGAGCCCACGGCUGCCGCCAUCGCCUACGGUCUGGACAGGACGGGCAAAGGGGAGCGCAACGUGCUCAUCUUUGACCUGGGUGGGGGCACCUUCGACGUGUCCAUCCUGACUAUCGACGAUGGCAUCUUCGAGGUGAAGGCCACGGCUGGGGACACCCACCUGGGAGGGGAGGACUUUGACAACAGGCUGGUGAACCACUUCGUGGAGGAGUUCAAGCGGAAGCACAAGAAGGACAUCAGCCAGAACAAGCGAGCCGUGAGGCGGCUGCGCACCGCCUGCGAAAGGGCCAAGAGGACCCUGUCGUCCAGCACCCAGGCCAGCCUGGAGAUCGACUCCCUGUUCGAGGGCAUCGACUUCUACACGUCCAUCACCAGGGCGCGGUUCGAGGAGCUGUGCUCCGACCUGUUCCGGGGCACCCUGGAGCCUGUGGAGAAGGCUCUGCGUGAUGCCAAGCUGGACAAGGCCCAGAUCCACGACUUGGUCCUGGUGGGGGGCUCCACCCGCAUCCCCAAGGUGCAGAAGCUGCUGCAGGACUUCUUCAACGGGCGCGACCUCAACAAGAGCAUCAACCCCGACGAGGCGGUGGCCUAUGGGGCAGCGGUGCAGGCAGCCAUCCUGAUGGGGGACAAGUCUGAGAACGUGCAGGACCUGCUGCUGCUGGACGUGGCUCCCCUGUCACUGGGGCUGGAGACAGCCGGGGGCGUGAUGACUGCCCUGAUCAAGCGCAACUCCACCAUCCCCACCAAGCAGACACAGAUCUUCACCACCUACUCCGACAACCAGCCAGGGGUGCUGAUCCAGGUGUACGAGGGCGAGAGGGCCAUGACGAGGGAUAACAACCUGUUAGGGCGCUUCGAGUUGAGCGGCAUCCCACCGGCCCCCAGGGGCGUGCCCCAGAUCGAGGUGACUUUUGACAUCGACGCCAAUGGCAUCCUGAACGUCACGGCCACGGACAAGAGCACAGGCAAGGCCAACAAGAUCACCAUCACCAACGACAAGGGCCGCCUGAGCAAGGAGGAGAUCGAGCGCAUGGUGCAGGAGGCCGAGAAGUACAAAGCCGAGGACGAGGUCCAGCGUGAGAGGGUGUCUGCUAAGAACGCCCUGGAGUCCUAUGCCUUCAACAUGAAGAGUGCUGUGGAAGAUGAGGGGCUCAAAGGCAAGAUCAGCGAGGCCGACAAGAAGAAGGUGCUGGACAAGUGCCAGGAGGUGAUUUCCUGGCUGGACUCCAACACUCUGGCGGAGAAGGAGGAAUUUGAGCACAAGAGGAAGGAGCUGGAGCAGGUGUGUAACCCCAUCAUCAGCGGACUGUACCAGGGGGCGGGUGGCCCUGGGGCUGGUGGCUUUGGGGCUCAGGCUCCCAAGGGGGGUUCUGGCUCUGGCCCCACCAUUGAGGAGGUGGAUUAGGGACCCUACCCUAUUUUGUCAUGUAUCUGUGAGACAGGGUACUCAGGGACCUUGUUAUUGUUUUCUCUAUAUAUUUUAACUUGAAGUUCUCUACUGUUCCAGUUCAAUUUAAAGUUAGGUUAACCUGAUUAACGUGCUUGUGUUUGUUAUUCUUUCUUGAUAUAACCAAUGUGUUCUCUACAAUUCUUUGCAUUUAAAGUAGUGUGGGUCUCUGGAGUGUCCCACCCCCCGUAAAUGAGUCAACCUUGCAACCCGCUGGCCUAUUUGGGGGGGAACUUUUAAACACACAAAGUUAUGAGAUGUUUUUGUUUUUUUAUAAUUGUAUGCUAAGAAUGAAAAGUAAAUAAA